AUGGCAGUGAGAGCAAGACGACACGCUGAGCCUGCUGAGUCUGACGUGAAUUAUGCAUCACUGGAUCUGAUGUUGGCCAUGAAACGGAAGAGGCAGAGUCAUCGACGAGGCCAGUGUCCACCUGACCGGCUGCAGGACCGUCUCACUCCACCUCUCCUUAUGGGACAAGUGGACAACAGCUUCCCCCCCACAGAGCACGACCCCAUGGAGCCUCACGGCACUAUCUACCUGAACAGCCACCAGAUCGACAUGGAGCGAAGGGACAACAACGAGCAGAGGGUCUCAGGUUGGAAUCCUGAUGCAGAGAGACAGGAAGAAGACAGGGAUGAAGAAUGUGGAAACGACCAAAGACUGAAAGAUGAAAACAAAGAUGACUCGGACCACAUGGCAGGUUCUGAUGCUCACCAAUAUUAA